AUGGCAGCUUUCAACUUCACCUCCUCUGACCCUUCAACAUUCAUCCUAACAGGCAUUCCUGGCCUGGAAGCUGCUCAUGUCUGGAUUUCCAUCCCGUUCUCUAUGUUCUACAUUAUUGGCCUGUUGGGAAAUUUCAUGGUUCUAUUUGUUGUAGACAAAGAGCAGACCCUGCACAAGCCGAUGUACCUGCUGAUCUGCAUGCUGGCACUCACAGACAUUGACAUGUCUACCUCUGUUGUACCAAAGGCCCUGUGUAUAUUUUGGUUCAGUUUGAAAGGUAUUACUCUGAGAGGCUGCCUCGCCCAGACAAUCUUUCUUCACUCAGUUUGUGUUAUGCAUUCAGCCGUCCUCGUGACAAUGGCCUUUGAUUGUUAUAUUGCUGUAUGUAACCCUCUAAGAUAUGUCACAAUCCUCACCAACUCACGAAUAGCUAAGCUAGGGUUAGUGGGUUUAAUAAGAGCUGUUCUCUUCAUUCUGCCACUGCCCCUGCCCCUGAGCAGGCAGCCAUUCUGUGCCAAACGCACUAUCCCCCACACUUACUGCGAGCACAUGGGUGUGGGCAAGGUGUCAUGUGGGAACAUCACAGUCAACAGGACGUAUGGCUUGGUGAUGGCAUUUGUAAUCAUCAG